AUGGUUCAUAUCCCAUCAAAGGAUGCGCCUCUCGAAAGGCUAGAUGUCUGGUCCGGAAUUCUCCACGGCGUGAACAAUAAGGAUUAUACAGUGCUGCGAGGGAUAGAAGUCAAACCUCAAGGUGGAACCCCGGAACGGGCGGGAUAUUGUCCGCCCCCAGAUAAACUAGGCCAGCGCGUUCUACACGAGACCUUUUACUUUCCAAGCAACAAAAAACUCGAUUGGAUGGAUGUAUAUUCUGGUGAUCAACCGGGCGCAUGCGUGGACUCGCUCCGAUUCCAUGUGAAAGAUAAAGACGACUAUUUUGCCGCUGGAGGUGCUUCGGGUAACCAACACGUUAUUAUCACUGAUCACGGUCUCCAUGAACUGGUGGGUUUUGAUGUAACUGCGGAGACCAGGGCCGGCGAUCCAAACCCAUAUAUUACUCAACUUAGUCCACACUUAAAGUAA